AUGGAGUUGGAGGACGGAGUAGUGUACCAGGACGACCCGGGGACAUCGGCUAUGAUGUCGGAGCGGGUAUCGGGCCUGGCCAACUCCAUUUACCGCGAGUUCGAGAAACUGAUAGGAAAAUACGAUGAAGAUGUGGUGAAAGAACUGAUGCCGCUCGUCGUGGCUGUGCUGGAGAACCUGGAUUCGGUGUUCGCGGAAAACCAGGAGCAUGAAGUGGAGCUAGAACUGUUAAAGGAGGACAACGAACAGCUCAUCACGCAGUAUGAACGGGAGAAAGCGCUGAGGAAACACGCAGAGAGGUGA